GAUAGUUUAUGUCUGUAUCUUGGGAUUCUUUUAAGUCAGCACGUUCAAAAUGUGAUACAAACUAAUUACAUGUGUCUGCUAUUAAAUAGUGUAGCUGUUACGUCUGCAACCAAAACAGGAAAUGCAUGGUUUACUCUCAAACACAAGCAGUAAAAUGUUACAAUUUACCCCAUAGUCUGGGUUAGUUGAACCAUACCUUGGGGUGAAAUGUAACAUUAUAAAAUUAGGAUAAAAACAAAAACUUGAUAUUGCAACUUUCAUUCAAUAUUCAAAUGACUUUUUAAAAUAAUAUUUCAAUAUAAUAAUAUAUACUAUUUCGAACACCGCUAGAGUAUGUUUAAAGUGAAUCAGGUGGUUUGUACCUUGUUUUGCAGUCGCUAAUCACACUACAUUUCCCAUGGUGCUUAGGUCAGAAGAGGGGUUUGGCUUUUUGGGCGCGCGGUGCGAAGAAAACUAUUUGAAAGAAAAAAAAUGGCGGAUAAACAUUCAGAAGCUGGACAAGAAUGUUGCGGAAGUGUCGCCGUUGCUGAUAACGUUGACGUUAUCCAGAAUGAGGUCAACUUGGUGAAACGGAAAUCAAAAAUAUGCUCAUCUACAAGCCCCAGCACAGCUCCCCCAAACAAAUGUGUCCGCAAGGUUACCGACCUCCUAUCACCCACCACACAGACACCAGAUGCAGGGGAAGUACAGUCCGAGACAGACAAACUAGAAAUGCAGACAGAAAACACGGAGGGACCUUCAAGUCCCACUGCACGGAGGAAAUCCUGGAGGAGAGGCACCAUAACCCGACGCUCUCUCCGUGCACUUACCAACCCAUAUCAGGUUUUGUGCAGGAGCAUAAGUGCAUCCUUAUCACAGCAAAACAGGCUUGAGAAAUUGAUGGAGGCUUCAAUGAGGCUGGCAAUAGAAAGAGCUCACAAUUCGCUGCGGUCUGUGCCGGACACCUCACUGGAGUCUUUUCAAAAACAAGUUGAACACAUGCAGAAAGAGUGGGGUUAUCUGGCCAAAAGCAUACGUGAUGAACCAGGGUGUCAUCAACUCCCUGCUAGAGAAGCCAGUUCUAGUGACCCUGCAGUGCAAAAAGUCUGGAAAGCCAUCAAUAGGCUCCAGGCUGAAAGUGAAUCCUGGGAGGCACUGUUGAACAAACACAGGAGUAAAGCAGAGGAGUUGAAAAGGAAAUUGGAGCAGGGCCAGCAAGGAGGCGUAUCAUUAGACUCUACAUCUAUGGCCCAAUCCUCACAGUACCAUUUCAUACAGAGUAAACCCGACUACCGCGCUCUCUUCUGUAGACAACAGCCCAAGCUUCAUACUAUGGCAAUGAUCAUGGACACUCAGAGUAAGAUGGUUACAGAGCUUCUGUCCAUCAAGGAGCAGUCACAGAUAUUGGUGAAAGAGACCAGUGGCCGAUUGGUGGCAGAGGCAGGAUUCCAGGAUCUUUCACCUGGUGUCAUCAGGAACCUCAUGGCAGCACCAUUACCCUCAGCAACUACGUAGUCACAGGCAGGAGGCAAGCGCGAGCAAUCAAUCAUCUAAUGGACCAUGACUCUUUAUGACUUGUGUAUGAAGCUCAUAUAUGUGUACUUUCUGGUAAUUUUGCUGUUAUGUGAUUUCGGAACAAUUUCUUUGCUCUGUCUUUGUUGUCUUGUGUUACUGGAUAAAACCCUAAUUUUAUGGUU